CUGAGUCGGCCCAGAUAAUAAACCGAGGCCCUGGGACAGCCAGUUAGCAGACGGCUCGUCUGGUUUCUGUUCCCUGAGAAGACGUCCGUUUUGCACUGCCGCGUGAAACCAUGAGCACUCUGAAGGAGAUCUGCGGGGGGCUUCCCCUGGACCCGCUGCCCCCGAAAAAGCGCAGGGACGAGGCCCUGCCCCACGCUCCCGUGAGGAACGUGCCCUUGACCUUGGAAGAAAAACAGGUCGCCCUGAAGAAUGCUCUGCGCUACUUCCCGGCCCGCGUGCACGCAGUUCUGGCUCCCGAGUUCGCCGAGGAACUGUCCACCUACGGACACAUCUACAUGUACCGCUUCCUCCCCUCGAUCCCGAUGAGGGCGUAUCCGAUCAGCGAGUACCCGGCCAAGUGCCAGCAGGCGGCGGCAGUCAUGCUCAUGAUCAUGAACAACCUGGACCCCCAGGUGGCGCAGUUCCCGCAGGAACUGGUCACCUACGGCGGAAACGGCCAGGUCUUCUCCAACUGGGCACAGUUCUGGCUGGUGAUGCACUACUUGUCCAAGAUGAACGAGUCCCAGACCUUGGUGAUGUACUCGGGUCAUCCGCUGGGCCUCUUCCCCUCCCUGAAGCCGAGUCCAAGGGUGGUCAUCACCAACGGAAUGGUCAUUCCGAGCCACUCCACGCCUCCAGACUACGACAAGAUGUUCGCCAUGGGAGUUUCCAUGUACGGUCAAAUGACAGCUGGAAGCUACUGCUACAUCGGGCCUCAAGGCAUUGUCCAUGGCACAACGAUCACGAUCAUGAACGCCGGUCGCAAGUACCUGAAGAUCGACGACCUCAGAGGGAAGGUCAUGGUGUCUUCCGGCCUUGGAGGCAUGAGUGGAGCGCAGGCCAUGGCCUCAGUCAUCGCCAACGGCAUCGGAAUCAUCGCGGAGGUUUCCAGGGAGGCGACUUACAAGAGGCACAAGCAGGGAUGGCUGGACGAAGUCGUCGAAGAUCUCGAAGAACUCAUCAAAAGGAUCAGGAAGGCCAAAGCUGGCAAGGAGGUCGUCAGCAUCGGGUACCUGGGAAACAUUGUGGACCUUUGGGAACGCUUGGCUGUGGAACUGGAGACCACCGGAGAACUUUUGGUCGAGCUGGGUUCUGACCAGACGUCGUGUCACAAUCCCUUCAACGGAGGUUACUACCCGGUUCAGUUAACCUACGACGAAGCCAACGAGAAAAUGAGGACAGACCCGAGAACAUUCAAGAUGCUCGUUCAAGAGAGCUUGCGGAGGCAGGUGUCGGCCAUCAACAAGUUGACCAGGAGGGGUCUGUGCUUCUGGGACUACGGAAAUGCCUUCCUUCUCGAGGCCUCCAGAGCCGGAGCGGACGUUGGUCACAGCGGGAUAAAGUUCCGCUACCCGUCCUACGUCCAGGACAUCAUGGGUGACAUUUUCUCCUUGGGUUUUGGACCGUUCAGAUGGGUGUGUACUUCGGGGCUGAAGGAAGAUCUGGCAGAAACGGACAAACUGGCCACCAAAGUUCUCAAGCAACUGCUGCAAACAGACGUACCGGAACGAGUGAAGCAGCAGUACCGCGAUAACAUCACCUGGAUCGAGAAGGCCUCCACUCACAACCUGGUGGUGGGAUCUCAAGCUAGGAUCCUGUACUCCGACAAGACGGGACGGACACAGAUCGCGCUGGCAUUCAACGAGGCGGUCAGGAAGGGACAGCUCAAGGAACCCGUGGUGAUCAGCCGGGACCACCACGACGUGAGCGGAGCGGACAGCCCGUACAGAGAGACGUCCAACGUCUACGACGGCUCAGCGUUCACAGCAGACAUGGCAGUGCAGAACUUCGUUGGAGACGCGCUGAGGGGCGCUACCUGGGUGGCCCUUCACAACGGCGGCGGCGUCGGAUGGGGCGAGGUCAUAAACGGAGGGUUCGGAUGCCUGCUGGAUGGAUCCAAGGACGCAGACGAACGCUUGACAUCGCUUUUGUCGUGGGAUGUGAACAACGGAGUGAGCCGCAGAAGCUGGUCCGGAAAUAAGUAUGCCUACGAGACAAUUCAACGUGCAAUGGCAGACAACCCGGACCUUCAAGUCACCUUGCCGAACCAAGCAGACGACAAACUCAUUGAGCAGGCACUCGGACCAGCCUAGUGGACUGGUAGCAUGACGCUCCAUGCAGGAAGGGUACCCUCAUGAACAGCGACUUCAAGGGCAAUAUGGAAAAUUGGCAGCUCUAUUGCCCCUUCUUUCAUCACAAAACCUAUUUCCAAACUGUGCAGUGGUUCGCAACACGACCCCAGCCAUCGUAGUAGACUUUAGAAUAAAGUGACAUAGGCUUGACUUAUAAAA